GGCAAAUUUGUUCCUCCGCACCUAUUUAAGCGGGCGGAUUCAAGGGUCUUCCCCAAAACAAACCAUUGAGUAUCACUUCGAUUGCUCUCAUGCUAUGCUUUUUCUCAAUCGAUCCCUAUUUUCAGCCCUCCUUUCGUCACCAUUUCAUUUAAUUUGCUUUCAUCUCAACUUGUUUCCUUCAUUUUCUCUGUUCAAUCCUUCUUCCUAUCAUCUUCUGCGGCUACUCCCUGCACCUCAUCUUACAUCCCUUUACACAAAUCACCUCAUCCUUAGGAGAUUCUCAUUCCUCACCCUUUCACAUUUGAUUUGAUUUCAUCCCAACUUGUUCUCUCCAUUGUUUGCCUGAUCAAUCCUUCUUCCGCUACUCUCUUCACCUCAUUUCGCUUCCCUUGACUCAAAAUCAGCUUAUUUCCACCAUUCUUCCCCUUUGUUUCAUAUCCUAAUCUGAUUCAUUAGGUUCUUUUGUUUCUUGUCUCUUUAUUCUUGUUUGGCACCUAUUUAUUUCUCUAAACUCCAACAACAAAAAAAAAAAAAUGGCCGAGGCUUGUAUAUGUGCGGUCUGUCAGAAUGCUGCUGGAGAUGUUGUUGGAAACUUGUUUUGUAAAAUUGUGUCUCCUAUCUCAAAUCCAAUCACUGGUGUGCUCCAGUUCAACAACAAUGUUGACAAUCUGAAGCAACGAGCUGAUGAGUUGAAGUAUAGAAAAGGGACUGCAGAUGACUGUGUUGAUGUUGUUCACAGAAAAGGGGAAGAAAUCACACAAGAGCUCGAGAAUUGGUUGCGUAGUGCCAACAGUCUCAUUGAAGAUGCGGAGAAAUUAGCAGCUGAUGCGGAGAAAUUAGCAGCUGAUGCGGAAGAAAAUGCCAAGAAGAAGUUAAAAAGAAAAGCGGAGCAAGGCGAGUUGUUUAAUGCAGUAGCUAUGGCUUAUGUGACAAAGGAUGCAGACUUGAAAAGGAUUCAAACUGAAAUCGCAUGUGGCUUGCGUCUAGAUCUGCUUCCUGAAAAAAUCACAACUCGAGAUGCUGCUGAUCGUAUAAAGGAACGGUUGAGGAAACUGAAGAGGGUUUUAAUCAUUUUGGAUGAUAUUUGGGAGAACGUAAUGAAAUUAGAGGAGCUUGGAAUUUGUCUGGAAAAUGAGAAGAUGACCAAUGAGGGGAGCUCAUCGAAAGAAGAAUAUGCUGAAUGCAAAAUUUUGCUAGCUUCCAGAGUUUCUGAUGUUUUAUUGGGCAUGGGUGCACAAGAAGUCUUUCAAGUUGGUCGUUUACAAUCUGAUGAGUCUUGGAAGUUGUUUGAAAAGAUAGUUGGUGAAAGAGCAAGAAGUUGUCUUGAGAUGCAGAAUAUUGCGACUGAAAUUGUCCAGAAAUGUGGGGGAUUGCCCCUCGCAAUUACGACAAUAGCACAUGGUCUGAAAAAUAAGAAGUCUGCUGCAUGGAGAAAUGCUUUGAGAAGACUAAAAAAGCCCUCUGCAGAAAAUUUCAAUGGCAUAUCUUCAGAUGUUUAUCGUGCUAUUGAGAUCAGUUACUUUCAUUUGGAAGAUGUUAAGCUCAAGAGAAUAUUUUUGCUGUGUAGCCUAAUGGGCAAAAAUGCUUUAAUUGAAGACUUGUUGAAGUAUGGUGUAGGCUUGGGCUUAUUCUCUAACACCAUAGAGGAAGCACGAGAUGAAGCAUUGGAUUUGAUGGAGGACCUCAAAAACUCUUCAUUGAUUGAUGGUUAUGACAACAGGCAUUAUCAUAUGCAUGAUGUUAUUCAUAAUGUGGCCAUAUCAAUCGCUUUUAGGGAUCGUCAUGGGUUGCUGGUAACCGAUGAUUGUGUACCAAAAGAGUGGGAAGACAUGAAGGCAAUAGCACGUUUCAAAUGGAUCUUUCUGCGAUACAUGCGUGCUAAUGGUCCUGCUGAUGGUCCUGCUGAUAAGUUAAAAUGCCUUCAACUUUUCUCCUAUAUGGUUGGUGAGAACUAUUCUCUGCAAAUUCUUUCAAACUUUCUAAAUCGAAUGCACGGACUCCAGCUGACCAAUUUGAAAGUUCUUAGCCUCUUGGACUCUGAUCUUGAACGGCUACCAAGGGAAAUUGGACAGUUGACUGGUCUAAAGUUGUUAGAUUUGAGGAACUGCACCAAACUCAAAGUUAUUCUACCAUCUGUCUUAGCGAGGAUGUCAACAUUAGAAGAAUUGUAUAUGGGAAAUAGCUUCAACCAAUGGGAGGAUGAGGAGCACCAAAAUCAUGCUAGCCUUGCUGAGUUAACGCAGUUGAAUAAGUUGACUGCUUUAGAGGUUUGUAUCCGUGAUGUUCAGAUUAUCCCAGAAGACUUGUUUUUAGAAAAACUAAAGAGAUGCAAGAUUUUCAUUGGAGAUGCAUGGAACAACGAUUGGGAUAUUCCUUCCGAAAGCUCAAGAAUAGUAAAGCUGCAAUUGAAAGAAUCCUCAAGUUUUGGCUACGCAGUAGUUAUACGGUUGUUGGAGAUGGCCGAAGAGCUACAUCUACAGGAUUUGCAUGGUGUAAAAACUGUAGUUGAUGACUCAAAUAAUGAAAGUUUUCAAGGUCUGAAGUGUCUCUUUGUCCGUAGUGCAUCAGAGGUUCAACAGAUCAUUAACUCAUCAGCAGAGGGGGUUUCUCUCAAUGCAUUUCCCAGCUUGGAAGAAUUGUUUCUCCAUAAUUUGAUUAAUUUGGAGAAGAUGUUUCAAGGCCAGUUCGAAAAAACUGCUUUCAACAAAUUAACAGUGAUUACCAUUGAAUCUUGUCAUCAGGUGGAGAAUUUGUUCUCCCCCUCCAUAGCCAGGCAACUUCUCCAAUUGCAAAAAAUUAGAGUGACAAAUUGUGACAACUUGAAAGGGAUUGUUGAUGAUGAUGAGCAAGGUAGCGAAAAUGAUAUUGUUGAACAUAAGCCAAAGUUUGGCGAACUGCUACGGUCCUUGACAUUAAUGCAUCUUCCAGGACUGGUUAGCUUCAAUAGUUGUAGGCACAUGCAACUUUUUAAUGAACAGGUCGACUCUCCCAACCUGGAGUGUUUGAGGCUGUCUUCUCUAAACAUUCAACAAAUCUGGCACAACCCACUCCCAGAAUCUUCUGUUCAAAAUUUGAAAAGGUUGUUUGUGGAGGACUGUAAUAAUUUGAAAUAUCUAAUAACAUCCUCUAUAGUGAAAAGAUUUUCACAACUGAUUCAGCUUGAGAUCCGUGACUGUAAGAUGAUGGAAGAGGUGAUACUUACUAAAAAAUUAGUGGAAGAGGAAAGGAUGUGUAAGAUUUUCUUCCCUAAACUAGACUCUAUAAUACUCCAAGACCUUCCAAAACUCACAAGAUUUUCUUCUGGAAGUUGGUUGCAAUUACCCUCUCUUUGGCAACUUAUGAUAAGUAACUGUCCUAUGUUGAAGACCUUCAUCUCUAACUCUGUUUUAGAGGACAUGGCAGCCACUUCUGAAACGGAAGAAAAUAGUUGCACUCCUCUCUUCAACUCAAAGGUGGCAUUCCCCAAGUUAGAGAAAUUGGCAAUAUUUAUGAUUGGCUUGAACAAGAUAUGGCACGAGCAACUAAAUGCUGAUUCGUUUUGCCAACUAACUACUGUGAGUGUGGCUUCAUGUGAAAAGUUAAUGAAUAUUUUCCCAUUCAGUAUGUUGGGAAUGCUUCAAAGACUAGACAAGUUAGAGAUAUGGAAUUGUGAGUCACUAGAAGAGAUAUUUGACUCUCAAGGGCUUGGUGUUAGCCAAUCACUUUCUCAAACAACCACUCAGUCAACUUCAAUGGAAUCUACCAAAAGAUUUGUACUUUCAAAGUUGACACACGUGGAUCUUCGUAGGCUACCAAAACUCAAGAGCUUCUUGCCUCAAAUGCAUAUUAUUGAAUGGCCAUCAUUGAAAAAAUUAUGGGUGCAUGGAUGCGACCAAGUGCAGAUAUUUGCUUCCCAAUUCUCGAGCAUCCAAAUAACAAAGGGAGAUGACCAACAUGGAAUUCAGAUUAACUAUCCUCUUUUCUGGAUAAGCAAGGAUUCAUUCCCCAGUCUAGAAGAACUGAAAUUGGAAAAGAAUGACAUUAUCAAGGAGAUAUGGCAUGGGCAAUAUCCAGGGGACUAUUUCCCUAAACUACAAAUUCUUGAAAUCAUCCAUUUUAAGGAAGAAUCUGCUCUUCUUCCUUCUUUCUUUUUCCAGUCACUACCAAAUCUUGAAAAGCUUGUUGUGAGUGAAGCUUCCUUUCACGAAAUAUUCCAAUGUGAACAGCUAAGUGUGGAGGAAAAGGCUGCAGUUGCAUCCUCUCGGUUAAGCGAAUUAAAGUUAUCUAAACUUUAUGAACUAAGACAUCUUUGGAAGGAAGAAUUUGAUCCUGAACCAGUUUUCUGCAACUUAAGAACACUAGAAGUGCUGGAGUGUAGCAGAUUAAAUAAUUUAGUGCCAUCUAUUGUAUCUUUCAAUAAUUUACAGAGUUUGGAAGUAUCAACCUGUCAUGGACUCAUAAAUUUGGUUCAAUAUUCAACAGCUAAAAGCUUGGUGCAGCUUACAAAAAUGAUUAUAACCAAAUGUGAUUUGGUGGAAGAAAUUGUUGCAUGCUUUAAAGAUGAUGUGAAUGAUGGAAUUGUCUUUACUAAACUCAAGUGUUUGCAACUUUGUGGUCUGCCUAGACUUGCAAGCUUUUGCUCAGUGAAUUGUGACUUUGAUUUCCCGUCUUUGGAAGAAGUAAUAGUUGAGGGGUGUCCAAGAAUGAAAAUUGUUUCUGCAGGCAAAGUAAGAACUUCAAAAUUGCAAAGAGUUCAAUUCAGUGAAGAUAAAGGACUUUGGGAAAAUGAUCUUAACACCACCAUUCAACAGUUGUUCACUGAAAAGAUAUCUCAAGAAGAGAAACAGACCCCAGAACCACACAACAUUUCAAAACUGACAAGUCAGCCUCAAGGAAGAACAUUUCAGAUAUAUCAAGAAGAGAAACAGACACCAGAACCUCAAAACAUUUCAAAACUAACAAGUGAGCCUCAAGGAAGAGCUUUCGAGAUAUCUCAAGAAGAGAAACAGACUACAGAACCUCACAAUAUUUCGAAACUGACAAGUCAGCCUCUAGGAAGAAUAUUCGAGGUAAAGAUUUUAGGAUUUAGUUACAGUUAUUUCACUCAUUUAGCAUUAUCUUAAUCAUUAGUUCAGCUUAACAAAACAUUCUUAAUACA